UAGCUCUUGUCCACGCUGAUAUAACGAGCAGCUCAGCCCAGCCUCACAGCAGACUCCUGUACUGCACUAUGUCUGUACUUGUGACUCUGGUCAAGAAAAUCUGGUGCAUCAAAAGGUACAUCGUCCUGAUUGUAACGCCGCUGGUCUUGUCCCCCAUCUUCUUCUCUCUACCUCCGCAGGAAGGAAAAUGUCUCUUUGUGGUCCUGCUGAUGGCCUUUUACUGGUGUACGGAGGCUCUACCUCUGGCCGUUACUGCCAUGCUUCCUAUAGUGCUCUUCCCUUUCAUGGGCAUCCUGCCCUCCAGCAAGGUUUGCCCGCAGUACUUCUUGGACACAAACUUCCUGUUUCUUAGCGGAUUGCUCAUGGCUGCUGCUAUAGAGGAGUGGAACCUCCACAGGCGGAUUGCCCUCAAGGUCCUCAUAUUGGUGGGAGUACAGCCCGCCAGGCUUAUUCUGGGGAUGAUGAUGACGACCGCAUUUCUGUCCAUGUGGCUUAGUAACACUGCCUCUACCGCCAUGAUGCUUCCCAUAGCUAACGCCAUCCUGAAGAGCCUCUUCGGAGAAAAGUUUAAAGAAGACAAAGGAAAGAAGGGCGGUGAGCAAAGCCCAGCUCCGGUACCAGAAAAGGGAUUACAUCCGGUGUCCACAGAACUACAGCUGCUUACCGGCAUGGAGGAGAAAGAGCUGCCUGAGAAGGUGGAGAUAUCGGUUGAUAUGCACAAAGACAUGGAAAAAGAACAGGCAUACAAGAACAGAAUCUGGAAGGCGUUCCUUAUAUCCAUUCCAUAUUCCGCCAGUAUCGGGGGAACCGCCACCCUAACCGGGACAGCACCCAACCUCAUCCUUCUGGGACAGCUGAAAAGCUUCUUUCCAGGCUGUGACGAGGUGAACUUUGGCUCCUGGUUUGUCUUUGCUUUCCCGCUGAUGAUCAUAUUUCUCAUACUUGGUUGGCUAUGGAUCUCAAUUUUUCACGGAGUAAUCAGCCUCAGUUGCAGGAGGGAGAAGAAGUCUGAGAUUCGAACAGAUGCAGAGGCCAAAGCCAAGGAAGUGAUCAAUGAAGAUUACAGAAAGCUGGGCCCCACAAUUUUUGCAGAGAAAGCCGUCUUCUUCUUCUUCUGCCUGUUUGCUAUUUUGCUGUUCACCAGAGACCCCAAGUUCAUCCCUGGAUGGUCAUCAGCGUUCACCCCUGGCUUCACCUCGGAUGCAGUGACCGGGAUUACUAUAUCCAUCAUCUUAUUUUUCUUCCCCUCCGAGAAACCCUCCCUGACUUGGUGGUUCGAUAUGAAAGCUCCGAAUACACAAAACAAACCUUUGCUAUCAUGGAAGAAAGCACAAGACACGGUUCCAUGGAAUAUUAUUUUACUGCUGGGAGGAGGCUUCGCCAUGGCCAAGGGGUGUGAGGUUUCAGGUUUAUCCACCUGGAUUGGAGGGCGUUUGCAGCCAUUAGAGGGUCUCCAUCCUGCUCUGGCCGUCCUCCUCAUUACUAUACUCAUUGCCUCCUUUACAGAAUUCGCCAGUAACACAGCGACCAUUAUAGUCUUCCUCCCGGUAUUAUCGGAACUGGCCAUCCGUCUUAAAGUGAACCCUCUGUACCUAAUGAUUCCCGGCACCGUCGGCUGCUCCUAUGCCUUCAUGCUGCCUGUGUCUACGCCUCCCAACUCCAUAGCGUUUUCUACAGGACAUUUGAUGGUGAAAGACAUGGCAAAGACGGGACUUCUGAUGAACCUAAUGGGCGUUCUUCUCCUUAGCCUGGCCAUGAACACCUGGGCAUCCAGUAUAUUUGGGCUCAGCACCUUUCCAGAUUGGGUCAACCUUCAGUCCCACAACGUCACCACCUUGGUCACCAGCACAUACAAUAUGACCACUGGUGGCUGACCCAUCAGCUAUGAAUCCAGCAUGGUCACACAAACUGACAUUAUUAAGAAAGACACUAAAGUGACAAUGCAUGGGCCUGCAGCCCUAUCUGCAGAAUGGCUACACCGUGCCUUACUGUGAAGGACUGUCCUCCCCUCACCUUGUAGGAAUUGUAAUUUUUUUCUAAUUGUUACACAAUUGUGUCACUUCAAUU